AUGGCGCACAGAGCGUGGCUCAGCACGCUGCUGCACAGCCGCAGGGCCCAGCUCCUGCUGGUCAACUCCCUGACGUUCGGCCUCGAGGUCUGCCUGGCUGCCGGCAUCACCUACGUGCCUCCGCUGCUGCUGGAAGUGGGCGUCGAGGAGAAGUUCAUGAGCAUGGUUUUGGGGAUAGGACCUGUCCUUGGCCUGGUUUUUGUCCCACUGAUCGGAUCUGCCAGCGACCACUGGCACAGCAGCUACGGCCGAAGGCGGCCUUUCAUCUGGAUGCUGUGCCUGGGAGUCCUGCUGAGCCUCUUCGUGAUCCCGCACGCCAGCAGCCUGGCCAGCCUGUUUGCCCUCAACACUCGCCCGCUGGAGAUCGCCUUCCUCAUCCUGGGCAUCGGGUUACUGGAUUUCUGCGGCCAGGUCUGCUUCACCCCGCUCGAGGCCCUGCUCUCGGACCUCUUCCAGGAGCCCGACAACUGCCGCCAGGCCUUCUCCAUGUACGCCUUCAUGAUCAGCCUCGGGGGCUGCAUUGGCUACCUGCUGCCAGCCAUUGACUGGGGGGGCAGCUUUCUGGCCCCGUACCUGGGAGGGCAGGAGACAUGCCUCUUCAGCCUCCUGGCUGUCAUUUUCCUUGGCUGUGUGCUGGCCACGCUCUUUGUGACUGAAGAGGCAGCCACCCAGGCAGAUGCCCUGGACGACGCAGCACUGAAGGAUGCUCUCCCUAAGCCCUCCCCUCCUGCCUGCUGCUCUUGCCAGCUCUCUAAGAGCCUCCUGCAGGCCAGGCACAUGGUGCAGGCCCUCAGAAACCUCUGCACGCUGCUGCCGCGGCUUCACAGCCUCUACUGCCGCAUCCCCAGGGUCAUCCGGCGCCUGUUCGUGGCCGAGCUCUGCAGCUGGAUGGCACUCAUGACUUUCAUGCUGUUCUACACGGACUUUGUUGGGGAAGGGCUGUACCAUGGUGUCCCCAGAGCCAAGCCGGGCACAGAAGCCAGACGCCACUACGAUGAAGGUGUCCGGAUGGGUAGUUUGGGCCUCUUCCUGCAGUGCGUCACGUCCAUCUUCUUUUCGACAAUCAUGGACCGGAUGGUGAAGUGCUUUGGGACGCGGGCGGUCUACCUGGCCAGCGUGGUGUUCUUCCCCGCGGCUGCCUUCGUCAUGUGCCUUUCCCACAGCGUCAUCGUUGUGACCAUCUCAGCUGCUCUCACGGGCUUCACCUUCUCUGCACUCCAGAUCCUGCCAUACACGCUGGCAUCGCUCUAUCACCAUGAAAAACAGGUAUUUUUGCAUAAAUACAAGAGCAAAGAGGAGGAAGGUACGGCUCGACUGGACAAGAAAUCGGCCUUCCCUAAAAGCCUUUCCAGCCAGAAGCUGACUUACCAGAAUGGACAUGCUGGGGGCCUCUACUCCUCCUCCUCCUCCUCCUCCUCCUCUCCUCCUCCGGCUGCCAGCUCAGCUCUGUGCGUCAGCUCCUCCUGCGACGUCUCGCUGAUGAUGAUGGUGGGAGAGCCGGACUCGGUGGCUCCUGGCCGAGGGAUCUGCCUGGACCUGGCCAUUUUGGACAGUGCUUUCCUUCUCUCUCAGGUUGUCCCCUCCCUCUUCAUGGGGUCCAUCGUCCAGUUUACGCAGUCGGUGACUGCCUACAUGGUGUCGGCUGCUGGCUUUGGCCUGGUGGCGAUUUACUUUGCAACCAAAGUUGUCUUUGAUAAGAGUGACAUGGCCAAGUAUUCAUUGUGA